UCUGUGAGUGAAGUCAUGUCUCUUAACUUGUAGUUUUUGCAAAUGUGUUAAUUAAUUUAAAAAUAAAACUUGAAUAACACAUAAAUAUUCACUGUUGCGUUUUAAGAGCUGUAAUGUUAUGUUCUUAUUUCAUUCAAUAAAAUUAAAAAAAGUGAUAUUAAAGUUUUCUCAUUGGAAUUUGGAUUUAUUAAGACCUAAAGCUGUAACCGAACAUGAAGGUUAAUAAUAAACUAUUGCCUAUAAAAGGGCACUUUUUCCUGUUUAACGCAGGAACUGCUCCUCUUGUGCCAUAUUUGUCGACAUAUGCUCGACAGCUCGGCUUCAGUUCUGCAACUGUUGGAUUAAUUUACACCGUCCUACCAAUAUUCGGACUCAUCGCUAAACCACUGUUUGGAGUAAUUGCGGACAGGUUUAAGAUUCAAAAAACGCUAUUUAUACUAUUCCAAGUAGUAACGAUUGUGAGUUUCUCGGCCAUUUAUUUCAUCCCGGAGAAUGCCUCUAAGGCGUCAGUCGAUCUGGACUGUGGCAAUAGCGCCUCGACCCUUAGGAGCUGUUACCAAGACGCCUCAUUGAUAGACCAGUGUAAGGUGACCAGUCUGGGCAAGGAUAACUCGACGGCUCUAUGCAAAAUGCAAUGCGACAUGAACUCCCCUGAGAUGUGGCAGAAGGUGUGCGAACAUUGGCAUAUUCCUCGCUACUGUUACAACAAUGUCAGGUCGAUAAAAUACAGCGCCAACAUAAGUCAAAUCAACGAGAUCGAUGAUUGCGUGGACUUGUCUCCUGACACUGUGAAGCUUGAUGGAUACACGUACACACCGAAAUGUCGAAACGGUUCUGGUUACGUCAACCUUAACGAGCCCUGCUUCAUGGACUGCGAAGACAACAAUCUGUCGAAUCUUAUCAACAACGCCAAAGUUAAUAUGACUUGUGAAGACCAAAUGCUGAACUUCCGUCUCUGCUCGUACGAUAUCAAUGCAAUGGUCAAUGUAACGAGGGAAGUUGAACCGAUUGGUAAUUGUGAGAUGACAUGCGCCAUAGACUCCCCAUUGGUAAUUAUGGAAAUUUGUGAAAGUUGGAAUGCGGAUAAAGCUGUGUCGUGUAAAGCCGACAGCGUGAACACUUUGCCAUCGGAGCUGAUCUUCGAUGCUUCAUUGCUGUUACACAGGACGAUAGCAGAACACAAAUGCCUUUAUAUGGAGGUCGAUCACAUACAACUAUCGGACGGUUCCAUACAUUACCCAUACUGUGGACCCAAACCUGACUAUGAGCCGAAAAUAAAUGAAUUUCACUCAUUCUGUACGAUAGAGUGCGAUAAUCAUAUGGUAAACGAGUUAUUAAGGUCCAGCACAGAAAGUCAUACGAAUGAAAAUCCAUAUACUAAAACAUUUUGGAUGUUCUCCAUUAUGAUGAUAAUCAGCUGGAUUGGACAAGCCGUUGUGGUGACAUUCGCUGAUGCCAUCUGUUUUAACUUACUCGGUACAAAGGUGGCGUCAUAUGGAAAACAAAGGCUUUGGGGUUCAGUGGGAUGGGGUAUAUUUUCCCUAUUGACCGGUACUCUCAUAGAUUUGUUCAGCGGGGGCCCAUCGAAGGACUACACCGUUGCAUUCAUACUGAUGUUCAUUUUUAUGUUCGGCGACGUGAUCGUGUCCUGCUACACACGGGUCGAUGUUACAAAAAUGUCGAUCAAUAUAUUAGCUGACGUCGGAACUCUACUGACAUCGCUGCCGAUGUUUGCGUUUCUGCUUUGGACAAUCGCUGUAGGCCUUUGCACUGGACUCUUGUGGCAAUUCUUAUUCUGGCAUAUCGAGGAUGUUGCUGGCCAGUCUUGCGACGGCUCGAACUAUGUGAAGACAUUACAAGGCUUAGUCAGCGCGAUCCAGACCUUCGGCGGCGAAAUACCUUUCCUGUUUCUAUCCGGCUAUAUCCUUAAGAAGAUCGGCCACGUAAACAUGAUGACAUUGGUCCUGUUCGCUUUCGGCUUCCGCUUUGUGCUGUACUCGUUCCUGACUAACGCUUGGUGGAUUCUACCGAUUGAAAUGUUCCAAGGUAUAACGUUCGGAAUGUUCUACCCGACUAUGACGUCAUAUGCCAACGUCGUCUCGCCGGCUGGUACCGAAACUACCGUUCAGGGUCUUGUCGGAGCUGUUUUCGAAGGCGUCGGUUCAUCCCUCGGUAGCUUCAUUGGAGGUAUACUGUACGAGACCUAUGGCGGUUGGAAUACAUUCCGUUGGUUCGGAUACGGAGCAUUCGUGGCCUGCGCUGUCCACGUCUUGGUCCAGUACUUGUUGAGGAACAAGCAACAGCAUGGCGGAAUGACUCAAGGUUUCACCAACGCUGUACGAUACAACCAAGGUACAGACGGCGCUGCGGUGUACAUGCUGGCUGAUGUGGACGAAGAUCAGCCCGACCCCGGUGUGGCACAGUAAUAUGACUUACAUCACGCUUAAGGAGAAAAUGAUUCUAUAUUAACAAUGGCAUAUUAUGGCAUAUUGAUGUUAGACUUAAUUAAUUCAUAUAUGUCAUAUAUGUCAACGUAUAUUUCGGCACCAGAUAUAUGAUCUAAUUGCACAAAUAAUUGCAAUUAGUGCGACUGCGGGUGUAAUCAAGCGUCUGAUCGCGUAAUAUUUACAGUUGUGUGUAACGAUA